CAAAACCGCUCAUUCCAUUUUCUCAAUUUUCUCUCUCUAAAACCCCUCUUUCUCUCUCUAGAACACAGAACCAUCAAUGGCGUCUCCACGUGAAGAGAACGUGUACAUGGCGAAGCUUGCUGAGCAAGCUGAACGCUAUGAGGAGAUGGUAGAAUUCAUGGAGAAGGUCGUCGCCGCCUUGGACGGCGAGGAACUAACCGUCGAGGAACGCAACCUUCUCUCCGUCGCAUACAAAAACGUGAUCGGAGCUAGGAGAGCAUCCUGGCGUAUAAUUUCAUCGAUCGAGCAGAAAGAGGAGAGUCGUGGUAACGAAGAUCACGUUGCCUCCAUUAAAAAAUACAGAUCUCAGAUCGAGAAUGAGCUGACUUCGAUCUGUAACGGCAUCCUCAAGUUGCUUGAUUCAAAACUCAUCGGGUCAGCUGCUACCGGAGACUCCAAAGUUUUCUAUUUGAAAAUGAAGGGAGAUUAUUACCGGUACUUGGCUGAGUUCAAAACCGGAACCGAGAGAAAAGAAGCUGCAGAGAAUACUCUUUCGGCCUACAAGUCUGCUCAGGACAUUGCUAAUGGCGAAUUGGCCCCAACACAUCCAAUCCGAUUGGGUCUAGCUCUCAAUUUCUCAGUCUUUUACUAUGAGAUAUUGAAUUCUCCUGACCGUGCUUGUAAUCUCGCCAAACAGGCCUUUGAUGAGGCAAUUGCGGAGCUUGACACCCUGGGAGAGGAGUCCUACAAGGAUAGCACUUUGAUUAUGCAACUUCUGCGUGAUAACCUCACUUUGUGGACCUCGGAUAUGCAGGAUGAUGGAACUGAUGAGAUCAAAGAACCAUCAAAAGCUGAUAAUGAGUAGUAACAACGUGAGUGAAACCUCUUUGCUUAGGAUUGAAAACCGAUGAUGUAAUUUUACUCAUUGAUCAAAAUUGGCUGUUUGUAGUCCUUAUCCUUUGAUUUGUAAACCCUAUUACCUAAAGGCGCUGUUUCUUGCCAUUUGUUGUUUUCAUCAAGAUUACUUUUUGUCUCAGUAUUUCUUUUGUAUUUGGAUGCUCUGAUGAAGCACUCUUAUUUCGUGGAAAUGAAUAUUUAUUUUUACCAAGCAA